AUGCCUUCAGAUAGCAAACCAAAUUCCAUACCCUCAGGAAAUAUGAAAACGAGUCCCUGGUUAGAUACUUCACCUCAUAUGCUAACACGCCAACCAAAACCAUCGAUUGGUAAUGGUCAGCAGCCGAACAAGACACCAUUGGUUCGACCAGAAUUCCAGCGAGACAGAUCACCUGUUCAUGCUAGGCCGUCAGACCCUGUUGUUCGCCAACCUGCUUUACGCGACCCUGCUUUACGCUACCCUGAUGCACGUGACACCGCUGGACGUGACCCCGCUGGGCGUGAUCCUGCUAUACGCUACCCUGAUGCACGUGACCCCGCUCGACGUGACCCUGCUAUACGCUACCCUGAUGCACGUAACACCGCUGGGCGUGACCCCGCUAUACGCUACCCUGAUGUGCAUGACCCCACUGGGCGUGACCCCGCUAUACGCUACCCUGAUGCACGUGACUCCGCUGGACGUGACCCCGCUAUACGCUACCCUGAUGCACGUGACUCCGCUGGACGUGACCCUACUGUACGCAGCCCGGGUGGACGUAACCCUGCUCUUGUGAGACCGAAUCGCUUUAAUCCAAUGGCGAGACCAGAACGUCCUAGUAGGCACAGAUCCCCACCAGCACAGCCUUCCGUCCCAAGUCCAACGCCAAUCAGAUCAUCGACACAGCCAAGAUGGAGGCAACAACCGGUAAGACAGUCGCCACCAAGAGGACCAAAGCCAGAACAGACAGCGCGUACAAAUAUUUCUCCAAAUAAUGUACGCGAACCUUCACCUGAGGGUUGGGUCGAUCCACCAGCAAUGGAUAAACAGGCGCCUAGGCAGCCAUCGCGAGAAACGAAUACAAAUUGGAACGCUUUGAAUGGUGGACAGAGGAAUGUACCGCGGCCCCAAUGGAAUCAAUUUCAGCAGCCAAGACAACAUAACCGUGUAGUUAAGAAACCGGAAAACAAUGUACAUCGCUCCGGACAACAGACUGGACCAGCAACUAUUCACAAGGUAGUCCGGCCUGCUCAACCGAACCGGAGAGUUGUCCCUGGGCCAUCAAACUUUAACAAUGUCGCCCGUCCUCAACAACAAGACUGGAGGGCUAAUUCAGGGUCACCAAAAGUAAACAAUGUAGGUUCGAAAGUUCCAACCCAGUUCCCCGCAGGUAAUUCCAAAGUAUUGUCAUCUGUUGUAGGCCAAGGUCGCCCGUUGAUGAGGCCCGACUCGACAUCAGGGCCAGCAGGUAAAAACACGGUUAAUUCGAACAGCCUCCCGAUAAAGAAACAAACACACCCUAUCCCAUUCAAAGAUAGACAACCUGUUUUCAAAGAUAUCAAUAGUGCGCUUUCAUCUCGGUCCGGCGACAACUCCGGAAAUCCGCCCGCAGAUUGGCACACCGAUACACAGCCUCAAGCUGUUGUAGAUCACGUGACAGAAAAGCCAGUGGUAGACGGUACCAAAGUCAGCAAAAAACCAAUGAUGCCCGACACUAGUCACGUGACUGUUGCGAUGAAGCUCGACGUGUCAGAUGCCAGUGUGCAAAGUCUCAAAACCAAUGACUGGGGGAACGACCUUCACCGAGGGGAUUUCGUCUACAAGCCCAAACCAACAAAAGUACCACGAGGACACAAGUCUAAGGGGAGCGUACAGAACAAGUGGGUAAAUAAUCCAGACACUACUCGUGUUAACCAGGAGAAGCCAAAACGAGGCCGCAUCGAAACGAGUACGUUUUCAGUCAUUAGGCCUAAUUCACAAACAGCCCAUACUGGUCCCGCAAUAAUCCGACCGACAAAGCAAAACAGCCACCCGUGGAGUAACAACAACACUAUUGAAGCAGCUGGGGAAGGUAGUAACAUGCAUAUGAAAAAUAUAAAAAAUCUUAUUGAUCAGCAACGUCCGUCGUCAGUGAUCAAACAUUUCAUUGAAAUGACGACAGAGAAUGGGCUAGAUGCCUCCGGUUCCCAGGGAAUAAAGGUCUCAUUACAAACAUUGAUCAGACGUUGUCUUCAGAUAACCCCCGGGUUAUCAAUCUUCUCCGUGAUAUUGAAAGGGCAAAUCAGCAACCGGUCCAAGGUCAACAGGAAAAUGGUGUUCCGAGAAAUGACGUCAUAG